GAGCCAGUCUUGGCCUUGUGUCAACACGGAGCUGGUGGUGGCUUCGAGGAGGGGCAGGGGACGCCCAGCGGACUCGCGCGCAGUCCGAGGAUCUCAGGCGAGGCUCCGCUGCGGACGGGCGACGGGCAGCAAUGGCGGAAUCGGCGUCGGCUCGGCACAGGAGGAAGCGCCGUGCCACCCCCCUGGCCUCCUCCCCGCCACCCCCGCCGGCGCCGCCGGAGGACAGCUCCCACGCGCAGCCCACGGAGCUCCCGCUGCAGGAGCUCCCGCUGCAGGCCGUGGUGGCCGCCAUCCAGGCCGUGGAGAAGAAGAUGGAGGCCCAGGCCGCCCAGCUCCAGAGCCUGGAGAGGCGCAUGGAGACGGUCGAGAGGAAGCUGGCCGACUUCGAGAAGAUGACCUUGGAGUUCGGGAACCAGCUGGAGGGCAAGUGGGCCGUGCUGGGCACGCUGCUGCAGGAGUACGGGCUGCUGCAGAGGCGCCUGGAGAACAUGGAGAACCUGCUGAGGAACAGGAACCUCUGGGUGCUGCGGCUGCCCCCGGGCAGCGCGGCCGAGGCCCCCAAGGUGUCCCGGUCCCUGGACAGUGACGGCGUCUGUUUCUCGGAGCAGGAGUGGGAGAACCUGGAGGACUGGCAGAAGGAGCUGUACCGAAACGUGAUGAUGAGCAACUACGAGACGCUGGUCUCUCUGAAGGUCCUUGGCCAGCCGGAAGGAGAAGCGGAGCUGGGCACGGAGAUGCUGGGUGACUUGGAGGAGGAGGGCCUCGGUGGCGUCCACCCAGCCGGAGGCGUUAUGAUCAAGCAGGAGAUAGAGUCCCCGCAGAGACAGGAGCGGGCGGAGGACCUCCCCGGCGAGUUCCCGGGCGUGACGGAGGAGCAGGCCUUCCUGAGCCCAGUGCCGACUGAGCUCUGGAACGGCCAGGGCGCCUCUGUCCUCUUGGAAGCGGACCCCAGGGACACGAACCUCGAGGAGCCCGCGGACGGCAGCAGAGGCCCUGGCGGUGACAGAACUCUGGGCUGCCCCCCAAGGCAGAAGCCCAGCAGGCCGGUGCAGCUGGGCCAGGAGUGCGGGCAGGGCCUGAAGCUGCAGAGGGACCUUCCGGGCCCCUUCGAGUGUCCUGAGUGCGAGCUCAGCUACCGCUGCGAGCAGCAGCUGGCCACCUAUCUGCGGACCCACUCGGGGUGGGAGCCUCCCCCGGCGCCAGAGCCCGAGCCGGAGCCGGAGGAGAGCCUCAGGCCCAGGCCGCGGCUGAAGCCCCAGUCCAAGAGGACGAGGCAGCAUCAGUGUGACAUUUGCAUGAGGAGCUUCAGCUGCAGGGUGAGCCUGGUGACCCACCAGCGCUGCCACCUGCAGGAGGGGCCCAGUGGCGGCCAGCGCGUCCAGGAGAGGUUCUCGCCCAACAGCCUGGUCGCUCUGCCGGGCCACAUCCCCUGGAGGAAAAGCCGGAGCUCCCUCAUCUGCGGCUACUGCGGCAAGAGCUUCAGCCACCCGUCGGAUCUGGUGCGGCACCAGCGCAUCCACACGGGCGAGCGGCCCUACACCUGCCCUGAGUGCGAGAGGAGCUUUGUGCAGAAGCAGCACCUGCUGCAGCACCAGAAGAUCCACCAGCGUGAGCGCGGUGGGCUGGCUCUGGAGCCCGGAAGGCCCAAUGGCCUGCUUUAA